AUGUCAGUCAAAGAUUCUGCUGUCAUAAAUGUGGGUUACCCCAUUUAUGGGUCGAAAUUUAUUAAUAAUAAAACUUUAGUUACUAUUGGUGGUGGUGGUGAAGGUAAAAAUGGGAUUCCAAAUAAAAUAACAGCAAUUAAAUGUAGCUUCAAGGCUGAAGAUAAGAAUCGACGUUUACAGAGAUUUAGAGAAAUUGAAUUACCUGCUAAUGAAGAUUGUCCAAUGUGUUUGGAUGUUGCUAAAAUUCCUGAUGAUGAUAGUGAAAUCAGUAUAACUUCAAACUCAAAAAGUAAUAAUUAUAAUGUUUUCUUUGGUUGUAAUCAAUCAAGUCAAUUGAUCAAAUCGAUGAAUAUAAACAAUAACAUAAGAAAGUAUGUUUUCACCCAAAAUGAACAUUUACAAUUUAUUGAUGGUGCUCAAUUCGAUGACAAUAUAACUAAUGAAAGUGUUGGAGAAUAUCCAAAAAUCAUUGCAUUAUCUCCUAAUAGUUCUGUGGGUUGCUUUAUGACUUCUGCUAUACCUUCAUCCAUAUGCGUAUUCAAGCCUGAUACUUUAGAUAUAACUUUUAAGUUCACUCCUGAAAAAGAAGUUGAAAUUAAAGAUUUCCAUUUAAGUCCGAAUGAUGACGGUAAGACUUUAUGCUAUAUUACCUCGAACUCAAUCGAAACUUUUAGCACUGUUACCGGGAAUGUCAUCUCUUCAACUUCCUCAGACCCUGCAAUCACUAAAAUUUUAAAUAAUUUCAUCCUCUCUAAAGUUCGUUUUAUUGAUAAUUCCAAUGUCAUAGUCACCGGUGGUAAUCGUGGUGGUAAACCAGGUGCUUCAAUUUUUCAAUUUAAUUUAGCAGAGAAAAAAAUUGUGAAACGAAAACAGAUUUCUUCAAAAGUAAGAGGUAUUGUUGCAUUAGACUUUAAUUUGCCAAAAGAUUUGAUUGCUAUGGCUGGUAACGAUUUUUCAGUCAUUUUGGUUAGAUUAUCCGACUUUAAAAAUUUAAAAGUUUUUACCAAACUUCAUGAUUUUGCAGUGACAACUUUAUCAUUCUCUCCUAAUGGUCUUUCUCUUGCCACAGGAAGUGCAUCAAAUUCUUUACUUGUAUUGAAAUUACCUCCUAAUUUUGCUAAAGGUAAGUCUACUAUAGGUACGAUACUUAACUAUUUAAUCCUCACUAUAUUCAUUGCAUUAUUAGGUAUAUUCCUU